UAGAGUGAGACAUGGCAAUGCAAGAAAGAGAAGCUUGGCUCAAUUUCUUGUUUUGUUUUAUCAAUUUCCCCUUAUUGGGGUAUGGAUUCCAAAGUGGUGAGGUGGGGUCCAUUGGUGUCUGUCUGGUGGGUUUGGAGGCACUGCACACUCUUUCAUGCCCCAUCGCUGCCUCUUUUCUAGACCAAGCCGUGUUAGGACCACACCGUUAGACCUCUUUAAGAACCAACUCUCUCACACAACACAACUUCAUCAAACUUCAGCUUACAACCUCAAGAGAAGGAAAAUAACUCAAAGAAAUGAAGAUGGAUAGUUCUUCCAUGGCAGGAUCAAAGAGAAGGAUAUCAUCAAACAGAGGACUUGGAGGAGCCCUCCGAGAGCAAAGGGCCAGGCUAUACAUUAUAAGAAGAUGUGUUGUCAUGCUGCUUUGUUGGCAUGACUAGUUUUUGCAACAUUUUCAAGUCCUACCAUGCUUUUCUUUCCAUGGAAAUGGAAGAAUGCUUCUUUCUAUGUUUCAUUUCUCUUCUUCUUUUUCUUUCUUUCUCCUUUUGAUUCAUGGUGGAGUGUAAAUAGAAUCGGCGAGAUAUCAUGGGAGAGAGUAUAACAAGUUUUGUACUAUGGGUCGCUGGCCUUCAUGGCUGGGCUAUAUAUAUGUAUAUCGGAAUAGCAUGGAUUAUAAUGAAAGCUAUAUGUCUCCAAAAUCCAUCUUACUCUAUCUUCUUUUCAUUCAUUAAUUAACUUGGAAUAGCCAUUAAAUU